CACCGUCCAUCCAUUGUACAAAAUUACAAAUGCUGGGUCAGCAUCAGCCUCGAUCUGAAAUUCGUGCAAUUAUGGAGAACGACAAGAGAGCUCAAGCCGCCGUCUGUGUCACUGGCGCCAACGGCUUCAUCGGCUCGUGGCUCGUCAAGACGCUGCUUGACAGCGGCUACGCCACCAUCCACGCCGCUAUCUUCCCGGGCUCCGAUCCCUCCCACCUCUUCUCCCUGCCGGCCGCCUCUCACUCCAGCGUGCGGCUGGUGGUGCACGAGGUGAAUAUUCUCGACGCCGACGCCGUUUCGCGGGCCGUGGAGGGGUGCGCCGGCGGCGGCGUGUUCCACGUGGCGUCGCCGUGCACGCUCGAGGACCCCGUGGACCCCCAGAAGGAGUUGGUAGAGCCCGCCGUUCAAGGGACUCUCAACGUGCUCGCGGCGGCGAAGAGGUUCGGCGUGCGGCGCGUCGUACUCACUUCCUCCAUCUCCGCCUUGGUGCCCAAUCCCGGUUGGCCAACCAACAAGGUCUUCGACGAGUCUUCCUGGACCGACCUUGACUACUGCAAAUCCCGCCAGAAAUGGUAUCCUGUAUCGAAGGCAUUGGCCGAGAAAGCGGCAUGGGAGUUUGCAGGGAAGAACGGAUUAGAUGUUGUAGCUAUUAAUCCGGCUACAUGUCUUGGCAAACUUUUGCAACCUGGAUUAAAUGCGAGCUGUGCCGUUUUGCAACAGCUUCUUCGGGGAUCAAAAGAUACGCAAGAGUAUCACUGGCUGGGAGCUGUGCACGUCGAAGAUGUGGCAAAGGCUCAAAUACUGCUAUUCGAGAAUCCUCGUGCUUCCGGGAGAUACCUUUGUACCAAUGGCAUUUAUCAGUUUGGUGAUUUUGCUGAGAGGGUAUCAAAACUUUUCCCUCAGUUCCCUGUACACAGGUUUCCAGGCGAAACGCAACCAGGUUUGGUGACUUGUGAAGAUGCUGCGAAAAGGCUUAUCGCUUUAGGGUUUGUUUUUACUCCGGUUGAAGAUGCUGUUCGGGAGACGGUGGAAAGCCUUAGAGUAAACGGCCAUCUGGUACUACCGAACUGAUUAUCUUAGGAUAUAUAUAAUCUGUAUUAAUGUAUUAUACACUG